UUCCUUCAUACGAUGACGGGUACGCGUGCUGGCAGGUGGCCACAAGACACGCCCACUUCGAUUUAUUCCCGCUGUCAGUGGCGACACCGCUCCUUUUCGCUAAAAUUGAAUGGGACGGAUACCAGCCAUUCAAAAGAGAAGAGGCGUGUUUUCCCUCCUUAGCAGUCCGUGCUCUGCGCCACUGUCCCCCCUCUCCCCCGCCCUAAGAUGGCGCUGAAGAAGACAUCGACUGCCAACUUGUUCGGUGCCUUCCAGCUUCCGGUGACCGAUGUGAGCAACCGCAGGACGGACCUCUUCGACGCGGCAAUGCGCUUCAAGCUGGCGCCUCAUAAUCCUUCUAACCAAUGUGAUGGGAUGUGCCAACAGACUCCUUUCGUGAUCCUUCCUCUGUGUCCUGCUUUACUGGAGGAAACUGAAGAGGGAGGCUCGAGUUGUGAAUGUGGUUCCAGCUCUACAGUACGGGAACGACGUCGUGCAAUCUUGUCCUGGAGGGAAGAUCUUCCUUCGAAUCAGGACCUUGAACACGCAGCUGCUUCCUGUUCUUUGAGCGGGAAGAAUCAGUUUGCAACUGACCCACCGGCUGAUGUUGACGAAGAAACAGGGGAAGGGUUUGGUGUAGAACGCCAAACCGAGACAAAGCGGGGUGUAGCCAGAGAUCGCGUUGCAGGUCACACGAGUUGUUUGAACGAAGAACACGACUGUUAUGAUUCAGAAGUUGAGCCAUUCCGUCACUGCGAGUUCCAUCACGUUCGGAGACGGCCUUAUACGGAUGACGAACCCGAAUCAGAUGACCAUUACAACUCUCACUCCGACGGUAAACCACGUUACCACGGUUAUCGAGCUCUACCAACUGCUGAAUGUCACCGUUGCGAUGUUUGGCAGGCCAACACAGCGAAGUACGGACAACAGGAGGAUCUAGUCGUACCCCAGCCACGGUCCUUGGAGUCGACGCGCGAGGCACGGGAUUUGCUGAACUAUCGGGCACCUUCUACUCGAAUUAUCAAGUCAACAAACCCUUUCAAUCCGUUUGUUAGGCGGAUGUUGGAGAGUCAGAAUGAGGUAAUACCACCGGAGUCUGGGCUACAUUCAAAACCAACGGUGCAAGGGCCCUCAUAUGGUCGACCGUUUGGUUGAUA